AUGUCCGUCUACCUCAUAUCUGCCCUUCUCGCUCCCGCCGCGCUCCUGUCGCCCACAUGCCGCUCGGCGUCGCUGCGCGUCAGCAGCGGCCGCUCGGCGCCGCCUGCGGUGAUGGCGGGCUUCGGCGGCGCUGCCGCUUCGCCGUCCAAGGGGAAGAAGGCGGGUAAGCCAGCGGGCAAGGCGGCGAGCAAGGCAGCCAAUCGGGCCGCAAAGAGCGCGGGCCUCUCUGCGAAACGGCAGUGGGACUCCCACACCGCGCUGGUCGCGGCCGGCGGCGCCACCACCCUCGCCUGGGCCCGCGCGGCGGCCGACGAGGAGUGGCUCGAGGUGGGGACCCUCUCGGCGACGAGCGAGGCCGAGCUCUCUGCGGCGGCGCACAUGCAGAAGCGCCUAAUUCUCGAGCACGCCGGCCGCCUUGAGCCCAGGCUCCGGCUCGCCCCAGCCCUUGAGGCUGGGCAUGGCGCCGACGCCAGCUCCGUCACGCCCGCGGCGAAGGGGCCGCCGCCCGAGGUCAAGUUGAUCACGAUGAUAAACACCGGUGCACGCAUGGGGCAUGGCUCGCGCGAGCUUCAGCACUUGCGGUGUGCUUCAGUGUGCUCUGUGUCAGGCUUGGCUAGGCGGCGCUAG